AUGUCCUCCCGCAGCCCCCGGCCCCCGCCCCGCCGCUGCCGCCGCCGCCUGCCGCGCCCCUCCUGCUGCUGCUGCUGCUGCCGCCGCUCACACCUCAACGAGGACACGGGCCGCUUCGUGCUGCUGGCGGCGCUCAUCGGCCUCUACCUGGUGGCGGGCGCCACAGUCUUCUCGGCGCUCGAGAGCCCGGGCGAGGCGGAGGCGCGGGCGCGCUGGGGCGCCACGCUGCGCAACUUCAGCGCGGCGCACGGAGUGGCCGAGCCGGAGCUGCGCGCCUUCCUCCGGCACUACGAGGCCGCGCUGUCAGCCGGCGUCCGAGCCGACGCGCUGCGCCCGCGCUGGGACUUUCCCGGCGCCUUCUACUUCGUGGGCACCGUGGUGUCGACCAUAGGUUUCGGCAUGACCACCCCCGCGACGGUGGGCGGGAAGGCCUUCCUCAUCGCCUAUGGGCUGUUCGGCUGUGCCGGCACCAUCCUGUUCUUCAACCUCUUCCUGGAGCGCAUCAUCUCGCUGCUGGCCUUCAUCAUGCGCGCCUGCCGGGAGCGCCAGCUGCGCCGCAGCGGCCUGCUGCCCGCCACCUUCCGCCGCGGCUCGGCGCUCUCGGAAGCCGACUGCCUGGCGGGCUGGAAGCCCUCGGUGUACCACGUGCUGCUGAUCCUGGGUCUGUUCGCCGUGCUGCUGUCUUGCUGCGCCUCGGCCAUGUACACCAGCGUGGAGGGCUGGGACUACGUGGACUCGCUCUACUUCUGCUUCGUCACCUUCAGCACCAUCGGCUUCGGGGACCUGGUGAGCAGCCAGCACGCCGCCUACCGGAACCAGGGGCUCUACCGCCUGGGCAACUUCCUCUUCAUCCUGCUCGGCGUGUGCUGCAUCUACUCGCUCUUCAACGUCAUCUCCAUCCUCAUCAAGCAGGUGCUCAACUGGAUGCUGCGCAAGCUGAGCUGCCGCUGCUGCGCGCGCUGCUGCCCGGCGCCCGGCGCGCCCCUGGCCCGGCGCAACGCCAUCACCCCGGGCUCCCGGCUGCGCCGCCGCCUGGCCGCGCUCGGCGCCGACCCCGCAGCCCGCGACAGCGACGCCGAGGGCCGCCGCCUGUCGGGCGAGCUCAUCUCCAUGCGCGACCUCACGGCCUCCAACAAGGUGUCGCUGGCGCUGCUGCAGAAGCAGCUGUCCGAGACGGCCAACGGCUACCCGCGCAGCGUGUGCGUCAACACGCGCCAGAACGGCUUCUCGGGCGGCGUGGGCGCGCUGGGCAUCAUGAACAACCGCCUGGCCGAGACCAGCGCCUCCAGGUAG